CCGUUGGUCGAGCUCAGUUCAGCUCAGUUCUGCUCGGAUCAGAUGAGCCGUUGGCUCCCUCCGGAGGGAAACGAAACCGAAUCCAGGCGUGGGCGCAGUUUUAACCCGCCACAUCCCAGCUCACAGUCUGAGGCGGGACACUUUUUUUUUUUUUUUUUUAAUCUCCAUUUAGCCCGAAACAACUGCUGCAACUAGCAGAAACAGCCGGAGCGGAGGGAGGGAGGGAGAGCGGCUGUUAACGUAACAUCCGUGACGUCGGUCCGCCCGGGCUGCUGCUCCGCUGGGUUUCCCACCACGCUGUUUUCCGGAGGCUCCUCGUCGGUGUUUACUGGGUGACCGACCGGGCCGAUCGUGACCUAAUCGUGGGAUCGAUAAGCGUGCGAGGAUGGAGAGGAAGAGGACGGACUGCCCCGCUCUGCCGCCCGGCUGGAAGAAAGAAGAAGUGAUCAGGAAGUCCGGACUGAGCGCCGGGAAGAGCGACGUCUACUACUACAGUCCUACAGGGAAGAAGUUCCGGAGUAAGCCUCAACUGUCCCGUUAUCUUGGUAACACAGUGGAUCUGGGAUGUUUCGACUUCCGGACGGGGAAGAUGAUGCCUGGGAAACUGCAGAAGAACAAACAGAGGCUUCGACACGACCCACUCAGCUUGGCCAAGGGAGGAAAACCGGACCUGAACACAGCUCUGCCAAUCAGACAAACGGCGUCCAUCUUCAAACAGCCCGUUACCAAGGUUACGAGUCAUCCCGGCAACAAGGUGAAGACAGACCCGCAGAAAGCAACCGAGCAGCCCAGACAGCUGUUUUGGGAGAAGAGGUUGAAAGGUCUUCGGUCAUCAGACGUCACAGAGGAAGUCCUGAGGACCAUGGACCUGCCCAAAGGACUGCAGAGUGUCGGUCCAGACUCCAGCGAUGACACUCUCCUGUCCGCCAUCGCCAGCGCCCUGCACAUGAGCUCGUCUCCGAUCACAGGACAGACAUCUGUGGCCGCUGAGAAAAACCCGGCCAUCUGGCUGAACACGUCCCAGCCGCUCUGCAAGGCCUUUACAGUCACUGACGAACACAUCCGGCGGUGGACAUCUUCUCUGUCUGUGACAGCAAACAGAAACAAACACGCACGUCUGCUUUGAAGAGCCAGUGUCAAGUCUGAGAGGAGGGAGUCGCCUGAGUUCACCACCACCUGCUAACGUUCUAUACGGCUCAUCACUGGUGUUUGGUCAAUUAGAAGCAGAGCCUAAGGAUGCGGAUGUCAGUCUGACCAACAGUCAAAACUAUGUGGACACCUGAGUUGAACAUGUCGUUACGAACUCCUGGCCAUUAAUGUGUUGCUAAAACAGCCUCCACUCGUCUGGUUUCAGUCUUUCCACCAGAUUUUGGAGCCUGGCUGCGGGAGUUUUCUCCCAUGCAGCCACAGGAGCAUUACUGAGGCCCAGCACUGAUGCUGGGCGAUAAGGCUUGGCUUCUACUCAGUGUUACACAGUGUUAAUUUUGGCAGCUGAUUUGAAAAUCCAUGAUUGUUUUAGUCACAUUUUAGUCAUACGAAUCUUGUUAGUUUUACUCAACAUAUUACUAAACAAUUGCUAGUUUAGUCUCAUUAUUGUCAUGCAAUUUUAAUUUUACUGAAAUGCUGCUUGUUAGUGCAAAUAGACUUGUGAAAUAUUUGGGCGAAGAAUACUGUUUGACCAAGCAGGCGCUUAGACAAUAUGUGAUUCCACAGAUGCAUGCAAGUCGUUGAAUAAGGCUUUGCAUUAAUACAGUAAUUUGUUUAUUUUGCCCAGUCUUCCAUUUUUGACAGUAUCGUUCAGUUCUUAUUCAUUGACCAAAAAGGUAAUACAUUUCGUAGUAGUCCUCCUUUUUCAAAAAUGACGUUUUAUUUAGUUUUAAUCUCGUUUUCGUCAUGUAAAUUUUUUUUUUUUUUUUGCUGAGGAAAUUAAUACAGGUUCCAGCUCUGGGUUGAGGUCAGGGCUCUGUGCAGGCCAGUCAAGUUCUUCCACAAUAAACUGGGAAAACCAUUUCUUUAAGGAGCCGGCUUUGUGCACGGGGGCACUGUCCUGUUGAAACAGGAUAUGGUCUUGCCCAAAGUGUUACCACAAAGUUGGAAGAACACAGUUGUCGACAAUAUCACUGCAUGCCGUAGAAUUAAGAGUUCCCAUCACUGGGCCCAAACCCGGAAAAAACAUCCCAUGCCAAAAGUGCACUUCGUUUAGAAAGCCCUGUCCACAUACUUUUGACCUUACUGUGUUUUUGUAUCUCCUGUCCGGAUUUCUGCUUCCCAGAGAAUGAACCUUUUUAGAUAUAAGUGACACCAUGAAAUUUCCUCCAGCACCACCCUCAGGAACUAAAGAACUCCUGUACUUCAAACUAAUUAAGAUUAAAGAAGAUAAACAAGGAAGUUAUUGCCGGGGAUUGUGUUUUUUUCCUUCUGGAGUUUAAGGGCUCCAGUCUUCUGCUGUUACACACACUGAAAUAACAAUACAAGAUAAUGAAGUUUUCAUUAUUGAUCUGUUAGAUAUUUAGAAUGUCAGAACUUUACAUCUAUACAUCGUUACUUUAUGAUACUUUUUGAAAAUUAAAUAAGUAAUGUUCAUUUUGUAGACUAGAACUAUCUGUAAUAUAAGAUACUGAAUUAUUCAACCUCCCUGACUAAUAAAAGUUGCCAUAUACAACAUAAUAUUUAGUCUUUUAACAAAAUAAACCUUCUCAGUGAAAAAUUGGACUGAUGAAAUCAAAAUCUCUUCAAUCAAAUGGAACAUGAAAAGACUCUAUAGAAUGUCAUGUUGUUGAUCUGGGAUCGAAGCCAAUCUGCUGUUAGAUCAGGGGAGAGCCAGGCGUUUCCCAUCAUGCCCUGAAGUUCUGUACUCUUUGAUCUUGUGAGGUUACAUGACGUUUGCGUAACGUGGGAGUAAGUCGCGAUCAAGUCGAACAGAAAUCUAAGCACUGUGCAGCGAUCACACGCCUGGGUCAUCUCGAAUAGGCCCGCUUUCGACACAGCCACUUUUUGAUGAUGUCUGCGAUGUUGUGUGUGAUUUAUGUUUUCUGGUCAGUCUUGUUAGUGUACGAUUUGGUGUUUCAGGUGCAGGCUUGGUCUGUUGGGUUUGAUAAAUUACCAAAGACUGGAAAACUAUUUAAUUUUGCUGGAUGUUUGUAAUAUGUAACCAUUUAUCUAUUGAU